AUGAUUGUACAUGAGAAGACAGUGGAGAGAAAGAGAGAUAACUACGGUGAUGCAAUGCAAGGAGAAGGAGCAGAAAGACAAGGAAUGGAGAGCAAGAAGGAAAAGGAAGAGGGGGUAAAGAAAGAUAAGAGGAGAGAUGGAGAUGAUAUUAAGGAGGAGGAGAAGAAGAAGAAGAAGAAGAAAAAGUGGAAGAAGACGAGGAGGAGAAAGAAGAAGAAGAAGAAGAAGAAAAAGAGGAGGAGGAAGAAGAAGAAGAAAAAAAAGAAGGAGGAGGAGAAGAAGAAGAAGGUGAAAAUAACGAAAUCAGUUGUAGAAGCUAUAGAAGGUGGGUUCCUCGGGAGAAGAAGACCAACAAGAAGAAGAAGAAUUAAAAAGGAGGAGGAGGAGGAGAAGAAGACGAAGAAGAAGAAGAAGAAGAAGAAGGAGAAGAAGAAGAAGAAGGAGUAG